CCACUUUGCUGCAGCCUGGUUGCCGCAACCCUGACUUCCGGUUCCGUCACUUGAUUACCGCCAACCAAUGGGAAGGAGUAUCACGAGAGUUGUUUGACAAGAGUUAAACACCCUAGGGUCCCAGAAGGAAUCAUGUCCCCUGCCAUCGCACUGGCCUUCCUGCCGCUGGUGGUGACACUGUUGGUGCGAUACCGGCACUACUUCCGGCUGCUGGUGCGCACAGUCUUGCUGCGGAGUUUCCGAGACUGCCUGUCGGGGCUGCGGAUUGAGGAGCGGGCCUUCAGCUACGUGCUCACCCAUGCCCUGCCUGGAGACCCUGGCCACAUCCUCACCACCCUGGACCACUGGAGCAGCCACUGCGAGUAUCUGAGCCACAUGGGGCCUGCUAAAGGGCAGAUCCUGAUGCGACUGGUGGAAGAGAAGGCCCCUGCUUGCGUGCUGGAGCUGGGCACCUACUGUGGAUACUCUACACUGCUUAUUGCCCGUGCCCUGCCCCCGGGGAGUCGCCUUCUCACAGUAGAGCGGGACACACGGACGGCAGCAGUGGCUGAAAAGCUCAUCCGCCUGGCUGGAUUUGAUGAGUGCAUGGUGGAGCUGAUUGUGGGGAGCUCAGAGGAGGUGAUCCCACGCUUGAGGAGCCAGCACCAGCUGAUUCGGGCAGACCUGGUGCUCCUGGCACACCGGCCUCGGUGCUACCUGAGGGACCUGCAGCUGCUAGAGGGCCAUGCCCUGCUGCCUGCUGGUGCUACUGUGUUGGCUGACCACGUGCUCUUCCCUGGUGCACCCCGCUUUCUGCAAUAUGCCAAGAGUUGUGGUCGUUAUCGAUGCCGCCUCCACCACACUGGCCUCCCAGACUUCCCAGCCAUCAAGGAUGGCAUAGCCCAGCUCACCUACUCAGGGCCUGGAUGAACUGUCACCCCAAGCGAAUGUACUGCUCUCCCCCCACCCCCCCAAGCAAAGACACCCCCACCUCUACCCCCCAUUUGUGGCCUGGUGCAUGCUGGGCUCAGGCCUGGAGACUCUCAUCUCACCUCACACUGACAGACCACAACUCACCAGAAGCACAAACACCUGUCAGGCUGCUUGGUCCCACAGGUCCCCCUCAUUGAGAAAUAGUCACAGACUGACAGGAAAGA